CUAGCCAGGUAGGCUACUAUACUCCUGAGCCUUGAGGAAGAAAAAAAAUGCCCUUAUGAAUCCUAAUAAACCUCAGAUCAGGGGAACUGGAAGGAAGGGGGUAGUUAGGGAUAACAACAACAAUUCAUUGUUAGUUUUAGAUGGCGCUGUUUAAUUUGAUCUCCCACCACCAAUGGAGUACGUGCAGUACAGUGUAUGAUCAUCGGACUGCGAAUGAGCCAACUAAAUCGUUGCAUGGUGUUUACUCAUCCAUGUAUACUUAAGUUGUUUUUUUUUAGAAGAAGUAACAUUCACAGGCAAAUAAAUGUCAAAAGUUUGAAUUACACGUGUAUGACAACAUUUUCCUCUAACUGCGCUUGCAUACAACUUUAUAAGUCUUAUGAAAAUAUCAUAGCGGCUGUAAAGUAGUCUACGUAGCAAAAUCUGUUAGCUGCUGACUGGAUUGGAAUUCCCAACUCGUUUUCUAUUAACCAACUUUGUCACUUACAUUAAAAUGUGUCAGGUUCAAGGUGACGACACUUUAAUGAUCGAGGAAGUCAAAAUUUUGAAAAGGAGUUCAACCUGCUUGAAAUGUGACGAGGCAGCUGUCGUUAUCGCGAGGGUAAAGGAUGCCUUUUGUCGGCAUUGCUUUUUGGGUUAUGUGACUCAUCGCUUUAAAGCUACCAUAGGAAAAUCCAGAUUGAUACGUGAUAAAGAAAAGGUUCUGAUAGCAUUCUCUGGAGGUCAGAACUCUUCUGCUGUGGCUCGUCUGAUUCAUGAAGGUCGAUCCGAGAACCAGCAUAAGCGUUCAGAUUCGUCCCAAGUCUCAUCUACAGAUGAUGGGAUUAUCACACAGCAGACCCCUGAGGAGAGACGUGCAAACAGAGAGACCAUUACAAAACUCAUGAACGCAUACGACCUCCCGACAUGUGUUGUGCCUAUAGAAGAGGUUUUCAGCUUGCGACUAUCAGCAGAGUCUACUCUUAGAGUAAAAGAUGAGGAUGAUGUUACCAUGGCGAUGGAGCACUUCAGUCAACUGAGCAUCCAGGAUGAAGCCAGUCAGCGAUUACAAGACAUCUUGGACAGUGUCAAGUCGUUGACAGCAAAAGAAGAUCUUGUGAAGACUUUGAGGCACAGGCUUCUUGCUGACAUUGCCAAGCAGACAGGUCACACGAAGGUCAUGCUGGGCGACAACGGGACCAACCUGGCAUCACGUGUGCUGUCUGGCAUGGCACAGGGUCGCGGGGUCACCGUGCCACUGGAGGUUGGUUUUGCAGACAACAGAGAGGGCGACAGCACCUUCGUCAGGCCCUUGAGGGAGUUCCCCAGUCGUGAAGUAUCCCUAUACAACCAUCUGAUGGGGGUUGAGUCUGUGUGUAUACCAACCCUUACAACCAAGGCAAGCCAGUAUGCUAGCAUCAACAAACUCACUGAUGACUUCAUUCAUGGUCUACAAGUAGGGUUCCCCUCCACCGUUUCAACUGUACUGAGAACCGGUGAAAAGUUGUGCAUGGUCUCCAGUUCUGGAGAUGAAGGCAGCUGUAUCAUGUGUAAGGCUCCCCUUGACACCAAUGUCUCAGCAUGCUCUGCCUUAGAAUCUACCCAGCAUUCCCUCGCUGAGCUCAGUGAUCCAGAUAGAGGGCAGCAGACAGCCAACGGUCAAUGCAGUUUGGCAGUGUCGUGUGAGACGUCAUACGAUGAUCAGUCCUCGUCAGAGUGUUGCGGGCAGGGUGAUGGGAGCUGUCAUAGCACCAAAAAAACCAUAUCAUUUGGAGAUGUUUCAAAGGGGUUAUGUUAUGGAUGCAGGAUAACAGUGCGAGAUAUGAAAGGAGUGAACUCCCUCCCAGGGUAUGUCUUAGAAGAAGCAGGAAGAAGGCAGAGAAGGUCCGAGAUGAAAGAGGAAAUCCAGGAUUUCUUGCUGACAGACGACAGAUAACAUCAAGGCAGGAUAUUUAUCAAUAUUUUCAUCAUUUGGAGGAAACAGGGGAACUAUACAAUAUAAGCUCUGGUGAAAAAUGCUUUGCUGUCAAUUUCCAACACCACUGCAAAAC